AUGGUUGAUAAGGGUAAUACAAUUGGAUCUACUACUAGCAGUAGAAGAACGGACCCAGGAUGGGCACAUAUAAUUGAAGUUAGUGAAAAUAAUACCAAUGAUCUUCAAUGCAUGUACUGUAUGAAAGUUUAUAAAGGGAGAGUUAAUAGAAUCAAGAAACACCUUACUGGAGGUUGCAAAAAUAUAGUUCGGUAUUCAAAAUAUCCAAAAGAUGUAAGAAAUCAAAUGCAAGAAUUCAUUAUUAAAAAAAGAGAGCAGAAAUCAGUUAUGAAUAUGAAAAGACCACCUGAAUUUGAUGAUGUUGAAGUACUGGGAAUUGAUGAAAAUCAGGAAGAGGAAGAGUUGAUGCAAGAAAUUAGUAGUAGAAAACGAAGGCAAACAAUCAAUGUUAGUGGCACUGUUGAUGCAAGUGAUGAAUCAAAGACAGUAGCAUUGUUGGCUAGUUUGAUUGAGAAAGAAUUGAUGGAAAUUGAUCCUAAAAAAAUAGUUCAAGUGGUUAUAGAUAAUGUAUCAAAUAAUGUUGCAGCAAGUAAAAUUUUUAUUUAA